AUGAAGAGAACCAGUGGACCCAAAUGUCCCAUUACUGGGCUGAGGUUCAUAGGAGUACGUUAUGUGUGCUUGUAACACCUGAGACCUGCUCCAGCCCUCAAGAGAUGGAAGGCUGCAAGGAACAGGGAGCAGAGUGAAGCUCUGUGGGUUGAAGGCGUCAACAGACUGGCAAAGACAGAGGGCAAAUUCAGGACAUGCUUUAGCAGGUGGCCUGAUUCAAGAUCAUACAGAAUGUUGCUUAGCAGCAUUCACUUUGACUUGAGCAGGGAGGAGCUCAAUCACCGGAAUGCAACCAUUAUCCACUGGUUUCAAGAGCUGCUCGCCCAGGACUGGGAAGGUAGUAACUACAUUCACAGGAGCUCGAUCACCGGAAUGCAACCAUUAUCCACUGGUUUCAAGAGCUGUUCACUCAGGACUGGGAAGUUCUGA